UGGAUUAGAAGGUGUAAGAAGGAAAGUAAAGUAGUAAGCAAACGCGCGUUUGUUAAAAGAGCUUUUUCAGUUCUCUUUACAUUCCACGUUUUAAGCACAAACAAAACAAUUCUCAGAAGCUUUUGAUUGAUCAAUGAAUACGACAUCGUUUAUGGACAAACAGAUAAUGGAUCUCAGCCAUGGAGGAUCAUCUUCCACCAAUAACAACAACAACAACGAUUUCAUCGACCUCAUCAAGAACAAUCGUGAACAUCACGAAGAAGAAGAAGAUGAAGAAGAUAAUGAUUCGUUAAUUCAUCACAAAAAUGGUGGAGGAAUCAAAACCGAUGAUAUUGUUCCUAGCUACGAUUUUCAACCCAUUCGUUCCCUUCCUGAUAAUUCUUCAUCAUCGUUUUCCAGACCUUGGAAUUCUGAUUCCAAUUCCAAUUCCAAAAACUAUGGUUCUUUGGAUUCUUUUGAACCUGCAAAGGUGACUGUAGAAAAGAACCAGAGCGCUGUUGAUGCUUCAAUUUUGUUAGAGAUUGAUCGAACAAUGAAGAAACAUAUGGACAAUUUGCAUCAUGUUCUCGAAGGUGUUAGUGCGCGGUUAACCCAAGUAGAAACCAGAACUCACCAUCUUGAGAGUUCCAUGGAUGAUUUGAAGGUAUCUGUUGGAAAUAAUCAUGGAAUCACUGAUGGGAAAUUGAGGCUGUUGGAGAAUAUUCUUUCUGAGGUGCAAACGGGGGUGCACGAUAUCAAGGACAAACAAGACAUAAUGCAAGCUCAGCUACAACUGGCAAAACUACAAGUGUCUAAGACGACAGAGCAACAAUCAGAAACUCAAACCCGUGCCACAUCAGAUGCUGUGCAGCAAACUUCAUCUGUAUCUGCAUCUGCUCCCCUGCAAACUCAACAUUAUCUUCCUUCGUCUUAUAAUCUUCCACAAUCAAUCCCCGUGGUUUCUCCCCCUAAUGCACCUCCUCAACAAAGUUUGCCACCUCCGGCUCAACUUCCAAAUCAAUACUCUCAGAUCCCAACCCCAACCCCAACUGUUCCUCAGAGAGAUCCAUACUUGCCACCACCUGUUCAAUCUCAGGAAAUUCCAAAUCAGCAAUACCAAUUGCCUUUAACUCAGCAGCCACAUCCUCAACCAGGGGCACCUCCGCAUCAACAAUAUCAGCAGACCCCUCAUCAUCAAUACUCUCAGCCACCGCCUCAUCUACCUCCACAACAGCCACCGCAUUCAUCUGGAAAUCCACCUCAACUGCAAUCUUCCAUGGGUCACCAUCUAGAGGAACCACCUUAUGUUCCUUCUCAGACUUAUCCUCCCAAUCUCCGCCAGCCACCAUCUCAGCCACCCAGUGGACCUCCUCAACCUUCCCAACAGUUCUAUGGAACACCGCCACAAGGAUAUGAACCACCAUCGAGUAGACCUGGUGCGAGUUACUCUUCUGGAUAUGGUACAUUAUCUGGGCCUACUGAGCCAUAUCGAUAUGGCGGACCACCUCAAUAUGGUAGUAAACAGUCACAACUACCUAAUGCUUCGGCAGCUUCCAGUGGUGGAAACAGUUACCCACAGCUCCCUACUGCCCGCGUACUCCCACAAGCAAUACCUACUGCAUCUGCAGUAAGUGGUGGUUCAGGUUCUCCUGGAGCUGGCAACAGGGUUCCUGUUGAUGAUAUAGUUGAAAAAGUUGCCACUAUGGGAUUCCCUAGAGAUCAUGUGAGGGCAACGGUUCGGAAGCUGACAGAGAAUGGUCAAGCAGUUGACCUAAAUACAGUGCUGGAUAAGCUUAUGAAUGAAGGUGGUGGUGGUGAUAUGCAGCAACAAAGAGGUUGGUUCGGUCGGUAACACGACAUUACUCAAUUGAACUUUGUAUAGAAGUAUGGCUUCUUUCACUAUGAAGGUUUAUGAGGAAGGGGGUCUAUCGCUUGUUUUCUAUGAAGGUUUAUGAGGAAGGGGGGCUUCGUGGGUGGAUUUUGCUAAUUGAAUAUUGACUUUUUUUUUUUUUUUUUUUACCAUUUGUUCUUAUUUCUUUGAUAGUUGAAACUGUAAUGUUUUCUUGCGGGUCUAAUUAAUGACUAUCUUGAUCUUGUGCUGUAUAUUUUCAAUAAAUAAAAGUGGAUUUGGUAAGUAA